AUGUCUACGGAGUUAGAUGUGUUUGUGGGGAACACUACUGUCCUGGAUGAAGACGUGUACCAACUGUGGCUGGAUGGACACACAGUCUCCGAUGCAGUGAGAAUACGGAUGGAAGCAGGUGCCUUGCAGGAGUGUGAAGCCAAUGCAGAAGUUCUGCACAGCGACACCAUGGACCAGUUCAGAACAUUCCAGAUGUGUGAGCGGCUCCUCCAGUCCCCUUCCAAAGUGGCCAAUCAGCUUCUGUUCCAGAUCCCUCCUCACCGUCAAACCAUGCUCAUCGAGAGGUACUAUGAGUUUGAUAGUGUGUUUGCCAGGGAGGUGCUGGGUAAGAAACUCUCCAAAGGGACCAAAAAAGACUUGGACGACAUCAGUUCAAAGACUGGGAUUGCACUCAAGUGCUGUCGUCGACAGGUGCUGCAGACACUUUGGCCUCUUAUAUUUUUGCAUGCCUCACAAAGAAAGGAUGAUACUGCAUGAUUAGCAAUGCUGUUUUACAGAAAUGU